CAAUCUGCAGCGUGUCCGCCUGAAGUCUCUCCUAGAACAUAAUGCUCAGCUGGCACUGCACAAAGAAGACCUGGAUGUUCAACUUCGAGAGCUUGAAACUAUUAUGGACCAAAGACAACGAUUAAAAUCAGACUAUCCUCUACAAUCAGAUAUUGAAAUGUUGGAACGUGAAGUCUUUCUUUUGAAAGAGGGCCGCCGUCUGCAGACUCAACAGCUCCAGCAUCAAUUUCCCUCUCCUACUUCAUACGCGCCUACUCUAUUAUACACUGCCUCUAGUCACCCAACUCCUCCAAUUAUCGGUCCGGUAGGACUUCAAUCUUCCUCAUCGUCCAUCUGCAUUCGUCCGGGGUCCAGAGCCUGCUCUUCUGGGGUCUAUCUAACCUCGACAUCUGCAGGCUCCAACUGCAAUGGGCCAAUGGGAUUUUCUCACUUUGAUCCUUUUCUACGCCCCUUCGCUUCUGCUGCUAUUCAAUCUCCUUCAUCAUUGAGCCUGCCAAAUUUUAGCUCUGCUACCUCUUCAGGUCGGCUUUCUCCUUGCUUAACACCUUUUCCUCAGCCGGCAGGGCAACAUACCAGUACGCAAUUUCUGCCCGGCCAACUUGCCAUCCGAAAUCCCGGCAUGAGGGCCAACAGUCCACAUGGGACUCCCACAGGUCAGCCAUGCAUAUCUGCACCGCUCUCUGCCUUGGUGGCUAGUCUGUAUCAUUUAUCGUCACAGGUCUCCUUUGACCCUUCUUGCACCCUCGUUGCCUCGACCUUGGCUGGGCCUGGCAGUCUUGCUUCUGCGGUUUGCAAUCAGCCACGGAGGCGGAGUCCAGUCUCAACCCCAGACCUAGGCACAAAUGGUAUUCAUCGAACAAGUCCACCUCAGAAUUUCACCUUUCAUCUGGCGGUCGGUCCUCUUGUACCUCGCCGAAGUCCUAUCCUCGAGCGGUCCCAGAUCCUACGUCGUCUCAAGCUCCAAAGGUUCGUUCAUUCUCAUUCCCUGAACUGGUUGAGCCAAUCACCAAGAUUUGGCGCUGCGGCUUCUCAUAUAUUUUAUUACUUAAUAUUGGUAAUUUACUUUCGUUAA